AGCAAAGGUGCUUCCAGCCAUUUCCAGCGAGCACAGAGACAUGACGGGACCAGAUCUCUAGAGCCUGACGUCACACUUCUCAAACACCAGCGAGCCAACUAAACUAAACUAAAAAGGAAGUGGAGAAUUUUGGGGUUUGGUCUCCACGCCCUCUGAAUGGGUCACAAUGGCGACACCAGCCCAACUCCUGAAGUCCCAGCUGUCGGUCAACACCCGUUUCCUCACUCAAAUGUUCUUUUUCCUCUUGUUUUGCAGACAUGCUUAUGCCCACUGCAAGAUCUCACGCUGCAACUCCGACUACCUGGCUGCCACCCAGAAUGUGGACAGCCCCGGCGAGAACACGGCCUACUGCGCGGCGUUGCGCUCCUACUCCCGAUGCACUCGCAGGACGGCCCGCACCUGCCGCGGCAAUCUCGCCUACCACUCUGCUGUCUACGGCAUCGAGGACCUCAUGAUCCAAAAGAACUGUUCCAGGGAGGGUCCGACUUCGCCUCCGUGGCCCCCUGCCCCUGAACCCAACAAGCAGAGUUUUGAAUCUCUGGAUAUCUGUGACUACGAGAAGAGUUACGCCCACAAGCAUGGACAACCCCCUGCAUACCACCACUGUGCCACCUUUGGGGACCCCCAUGUACGGACCUUCCACAACGAGUUCCAUACCUGCCGAGUGGAGGGUUCGUGGCCGCUCCUUGACAACCAGUAUUUGUUUGUGCAGGCUACGAGUCAUCCCAUUGCAAAAGGAUCCAAUGCCACGGUCAUGAGCAAGCUCACCAUCAUAUUUAAGGACGUGAAGGAGUGCAUCGAUCAGAAAGUGUACCAGGCGGAAAUAGACAACAUGCCUGCCGCUUUUGUGGACGGCUCGAUGAAUGGUGGGGCGAGGCCUGGAGGAAGUAGCUUGGCCAUCCACGAACGCUCCCCUGGAGGCCAUGUGGAGAUCCAAGCAGCGUACAUCGGCGCCACCAUCGCCGUACGCCAGGCAGGAAAGCAGCUCUCCUUCUCCAUCCGGGUGGCCGAAGAGGUCGCCUUCUCCUUCACCGAGGAGCAGGACCUGCAGCUCUGCGUGGGUGGCUGCCCGCCCAGUCAGCGCAUCUCGCGAAGCGCAUGCUGCCACAGCAGCGCGGACCUGGCAGCCCAAAAGGCCCGCCUGAUAUGCAAAGGGAAGCUGCCUGCAGAAGACGUCUACUUCCAAUCGUGUGUCUUCGACGUGGUGACCUCGGGGGACGCCAACUUCUCUCUGGCUGCACACGACGCGUUUGAAGAUGCCAGAGCCUUCCAGGGGGAUCUCAAGGUGCUUCACAUCUUCCAGACGGGGGCAGCCUCCUGUCCAAGCGGCUCGCCUCUCCUUGUCCUCCUCCUGGUGGUCGUUUCUGGACUUCAACUGCAACUUUAUUCGUCUGUCCUCAGAAGUUAUAGACUUCAAAAUUCCGAGCUGCGUUUCAACGGAGACGAUUCGGCUCCCGUAACUGGAGUGCGGUUCUUUGCCGGAUCGUGGCAGGCAGGUGGCAGCUCGGAACUGCAGGUGACAAAUCUGACAACCUCCCCACAAGGCCUCAAUUUUGAAAAAGUCAAAUUUAAGUGCUGA